AUGGCUUGCCGGAGACGGAGGAGCUGCGGGAGCAGGGCCGAAGGACAGCCAGGUGGCUUCCUUGCCGCAUUUGUGCUGAGCGCGCCAGCCACCCAUGGAGUUGCAGUGGGUCGCUUGACUGAGCAUUGCGAGGCCUCCUCACUUCUGUCGGUGUUCAAAGAAGAGAUCGAGAAGCUGUACUGGGAAGACGAAACCUGGGCUGACAAGUUGACGGACAAGCUCAGCAACACAAGAAGGCUUUGCGAGAUGAAAGAUUUAGCGAAACUCCUGAGAGCGCAGCGGUUGGAUGUCAUUGGCUAUUCUGACGGUUCAGCAGCUCUUGAAAAGGCUGUGGUCGGCUCAGACCCCGUCUUCCUCGAUGCCAUCCGGCAUGACAACUUCCACUCCAAGUCCUAUGCUGUGCAGCGGGCUUGUCUGGCUGCUUUUGACGACAUGGAGCUGAUUGCAGAAGCCGUGGCGAAGGCCUAUGAAGGAGCCAAGAAAAGCCAUGCAUCUGAUGUGCAACUCUUGAUGACGCUGAACAAAGCUGCGAGGCAGGCAUGUCAGAUGACGCCCGCCUGCCUUGCUGAGCGCGAGCUGCGCUCCCGGCCGUCCCACGAGGAACUGUGA